GAAAUUAAUUAUAAUGAUGAAUUAUAGUUCAAUUAUUUCCGAUUUUAUUAGAAGAAUUGUCAGUCUCGAAAAAAAAUUCUUUUUUUAGGAUUUCGGAACAAUUUAUUAAAAAAAAAAAAUUCACAAAAAUCGAAUAAUCAACUUUCUUGAUUAUUCGUAACAUUUCGAUCUUAUUAACUUUAUAUUGUAAUAAUUUUUUCUUUUUUUUAAAUUAAUGAUUACGAGAAAAAAACUUUCAAACGAUAUAUAAUAAUUCUCAUUUUUCAGAGCCAACGUUUCUUCUAAAAUCGCGUUACGAUUAUCAAUUCGAAUAACACUCGAAUGGGAUCGAAAUUUUGAUUAAUAUUUCAUCAUCCCCUCCCUUCCUCCCUUCCCCAAACAACUUAAUCGAUCAAUCAUCGUACGGAUUCUAUUUAAUUCCACCGAUAUCGCGAUUCGAUUGAUUGUCACCGCGAUGAUCGCGGUUCUGAAUUGAUGACGAUGUGUACACAGCCCCCUGUUACGGGUCAUUUGGUAAGGGAUGGAUAUCAGGAAAAUCUCGAUUUCCAACUUUCUGGUGAAAGGUAAGGACGUUAAUGGAAGAGACAUUUCCGGAAUCGAGAACUUGGACGAAACUUCUCUCUCUCUCUUCUCUCCCCUCUUUUUCAUUCAAUUGAUCGUUCAUCGAUCACUUUCGUAUUAUCUAAUCAAACGAUCUUAAACGAAAUAAACAGCACAAUGUGUAAAUAUUUUACAAUUAAAAAAAUAAAUAAAUAAAAGAGGAGAUAGAACUAUAUAAAUAAUCAUACCGUGGACAAAGAAGAAAUAAAUUUUCCAUUUUACAUCAACGGAAUAGUUGAACGAAAUCAUCUUUCACUUUCUCUCAUACACCUGUUUCUAUUCUAAUUCUAUAAGCCGGAAACGUAAUCGGAAAGAUGGAAUAAAUUGCGCGAUCUCGGGAAAGGAGUUUUCAACGUGGACAACGUGCGUGAAACAAGCGAUGGCCAUCGGCGGUUAAACGAUGCCACAGAUAGCGCGACUUUGCCUCGUGUAUAUCGCAAGAAUGAUACGCGUGACGGAGGAAAAGAAUGGGGCGAGGGUUUUACGAGGGUGAAUAUAAACGUUUGCGAACAGCCAUGCAAAUACGAAAAGGCAGAUAGCGCGCGGCGGAAAUAUAACGCGAUCAGACCGCGCAACUUGCACCAUUCCGCGAAACUUUUUGCCACGGAUUUUCUCACCCCCAUCCUUUUAUCUCCUUCUUCCAUCCAGGUUUAUUCUCCCCCGUGACGCGACCCUUUUUAAUCAUCGUUAUUAUCGUGCAACGAGUCAUUCUGUUAUUUUCUCGAAUUCAUCUUAUCUGUGAUAAACGAAUUUUUACCAGAAUCGUCUAAUCUGGGAUAUUUUUGCAUCGCUCGUGUCUUCGAGUUGAAGUGGUUUGCUUGCAAUCUAUUUUUCGGAUGGAAAAAGAUCGAAGAAUCGAUAAAAGAGUACGACGAAACAACGAAUAUAUUCUCACAGUGUAACUUAUUUAAUUAUUAACUUUUUCUUCUCCUUCUCUUUUUACAUCAAGAUCGAGAUGCAACGCUAUUACAAAGGCAAACCGUCACGGCUCAAAAGAAGGAAAAGUAUGAAACAGGCUUGGGCGUUGUCCGAGCAGAUCGCGAUGACCAAAUCGCAUUUUCUACAGACUCUAAUAAAAUACUCCAAGUUGUAUUGCAAAUACACGAAACUGGCAGGAUUCAGAUACUUCGUGGAGUCUAAAACAACGUGGUUCGACAGGUGGAUAGCGAUUUGCAGCGUGAACCGAAUAAGUCGUCAAUCGGCCACGAAAUUGGCGAACGAAAUUUUCGCGGCCAAUAUCACCGAUCUAUCGCUCGACGAGAUCUUAGAGGCGAUCUUCCAGCUGGGCGAUCUCUACGACUCCGAAUUUAUGAUGCAAAAUACAUAUGAAAUUGACCAACUUCUCACGAUCUUCUACAACGGUUCUUACAGCAUCACCGAACUGAUGAAACGAUUAACGCCACAGUGUUCCUCCAUGCUGUCAAAGUGUCGGUUCCACGACGAGGAGCGGAACUGUUCCGAGCUGUUCGCAUUCCGCAAGACGCAGGACGGUUUCUGUUGCACGUUCAAUUAUGCCACCAAAGGGGACGAUACGCGUUUCACGAAUCGUAAGAACGGGACGGACCAUCGACGGGAGCCGAUCAAGGUUGAAAAUUUGACAGAGAGCGGCGGGCUGUCCGUGCUGUUGGAAUCAUCUCUGGACGAUUACUUCUACCCUAUUUUCCCCAGUGCCGAGUGGAAGGUGACCAUCUUCAAUCCCCACGAUUAUCCGGACAUGACCAGCGGAGGGGUAAUCGACUUUCUGGUCUCGCUAAUGAAACACCGGAGUGUGGAAUUGGAGGCAAUCGUGUUCUACAGUACAAGGAACAUUAUACCAUACCCUCUCGAGAAACGGGACUGCGUUUUCCAGGAUGAAAUGACCUCCUUCAACAUGUUUUACACUUACAGCGACUGCAUCGUCGACUGCAAGAUAGACGACAUAUGGAACACUUGUAAAUGCGUGCCUUUCUUCUUGCCCAAUCGAAGUAAGAAUCUAUUCGCCUUUCCAAUGUUUCCUAUUUUUCCAUGCUUUUACCAUUGGAAAAAUCCAAUCGUUCCCUCGAUCGUUUAUAAUGCGUCCGUUUAUUAUCCGCCAUUCUUGUUCGAAACAAAUAUUUUCACAGUUUCCCUUCUUCGUUACUUUCCAGAAUCGAGAAGAGUCUGCAACUUGGAGGACGUGUCUUGUUUGUCCAAGCAUAAAUCUAAAUGGUUCUCAGUCAUACCGCACGAGAAUCUGUACAAUAUCGAAGAUGUGAAGGAUAUUCUGCGUUGCGGUAAAUGCUAUCCCGAAUGCAACACUGUAAAUUACAAUGCAAAGAUAUCUAUAGCCGAUUUGGAAUCGAAUCAACACGUCGCUGAAUUAUUGGAAAACGUGGAUAUCAAGAAUCAAUCGGUGCUAACAAUAUACUUCAGAAAGUAUGGCACGAUCAGACUGAGGCAAGAUGUGAUUUAUCGUUGGUACGAACUCAUGGGUGACGCGAGCGGUAUUUGCGGCAUCUUCGUCGGUUUCAGCCUGAUUGCGAUCGUCGAGUUCGCUUAUUUCGUCGGCCUGUUCAUGCUCGAGCUUUUAAAGGGACCAACUUCGUCUGACGAGGACGGGAAACGUCGGCACGAACAACCGCCGAUACAGACGAUUUAUUGGGGCGAGUUGUACUCGCGCACGAGAAUUACGACGAAGAAUCAACGUGAUCGGGCUAUUCGUGGCAGAUAUUAACACGAUAUUCUCCCCCAAUGUUUGAAUAAUGCGUGUCCACUUCAUGGUGAAAUUCUAUCGUAUCUAUCGAAUUUUGAAAAAUGAUUUGUAGAUUCAUCUUCACGAAUGUUUAU